CACGUCCGCGGAGCACACACAGAGUGAGAGGCUCGCACAGGGAGGAGGAGGAUCAUCGGGGCAGUGAGUCGUCUUCUUCCUUCCGUGCACGCGUCAAUUGCGAGAUAUUUAGAACUUAGUUUUUUUGCACAGGAGGCCACUGGUAGUAACUACGACAUCGAGAUACACACUGUACACCCACACGUACUCACACACACAGAUAGAGGUGAAAACGUUGCACUGGGAGACAGGGAAGGCGUACAAAGGAAUCGCCGAGGGAGGUGGUGUGGUGGUUUGCCAACACAUGCAAGAGCUACACCGUAGAUAGGCAAAGGCAGACACGAGAGAGGCGUAUACAGAGGGACACAUACAAACACAAACACACACACGGAGAGAGAUAAUUGUGCAGGGCUUGAUACACACGAGUGAGAAGAUAGACGUACAAAGAAAGGGAGACGAACAUAAACUGAGGUGCAAUCGUUUGCGCCAAAAUCGCAGGGAAAACGCCCUUCCCCGGAGGGCUUCCCAACUCGAGGCUGUGACUUCCCCCCCACCCCCUCGUGGUACCAGACCCAGACCAUGUCAGCACCUUCUGCAAGCGAGACGGGCUCGUCGCCCCGCCGUGCCCCGCACAGCCCCACGGGGCCUGGAGACGUCCCCACCUCGCUCUCCUCCAUCUCGCCACUCUCCCCGAAGAGAGACUUCCUGCUGCCCAGCCCGCUGCCCACGCGCCGAUCUCGCACGUACUCCGCAGCGGCGAGGGCGGCAGCCGGCCCAUCGUACCGGGGAGUCUGUAAAUUCUUUUGCCGCUCCAAAGGUCACGGCUUCAUCACCCCCGAGGGGGGCGGUGCCGACAUCUAUGUGCACAUCUCAGAUGUGGAGGGCGAGUAUGUGCCGGUGGAGGGCGACGAGGUGUGCUACAAGCUAUGCUGCAUCCCACCCAAGAUGGAGAAGCAUCAGGCAGUUGAAGUCAGCAUCAUUCACCUGGCGCCAGGGUCCAAGCACGAGACCUGGUCUGGCCACCCCAUCUAGGACCAGGGCACCUGGGCCUUCCAUCCUCAUCUCGACCACCAGCCAGCCCCACCAGCCAGCCUUGCCUGCCUCUGCUCACACUAAACACACUUGACUGUGGGGACACUCACUCCUAGUCCGUUGGAUGGUUGCAUCACACAUGGAGGUAACAUUUCCCUUAGUUUACACGGAUUUAGAUAGGAAACUUAGGGCUCGUGAGUUGAUUGAUGCAGCCAGCCAUAGGUCCCCGAGUAAAAUAAAUGCGAGUGAGUUAUUAAUCUGAGCCAGCUCAACACACUCCUCAAGCAUUCCUGGCCUCUAUCCCCAUGACUUCUAGUUUAAAUCUGCUUUAUCUUAAGUUCAAAGUAUAAUUCACAUUAAACAAGUGUCACAUCUUGCUUUUCUAAUAAAUCAAAAAGCUGCUUUUGAGUUGGUACACAUUUCAAAAAUUCCAUUAGAAAUGCCAUGCAAUUGUUUGUUUAAAAAAUGUAAUAUCCCAAAUUCAGUUGAACUCCAAUUAAAACCCUCUAUCAUUGGUUCAUUUAUAUAUUAACAUUCCUUUUUUUUUAAGUCCACUGAUCUCUCACCAACUCUAUCAACAUUACAUUAAUAUCUGACACAAGUCCCAGAAACUGGAAGCCCUCCAAAACUUCAUAAUUCUGAGGAACUGCAGCUGUAGAAAUUUCAUCUGUAAUACUUAUAUAUCACCGACUGUCAUUUAUGGCUGAAGCAACACUUAUCCACCCAUCUUCACCCUUUGGCCUCCGCUAUUCCCCUAGACUUUCAGCCGGCUCCUGCCCAAACAGUGCACAUUUAAUACAGUUAAUCAGGAACUUCACUACAAUUGCAGACACACCAUGUGUUUAAGUGUAUUGCUCCUUUAGCAAAGGCCUUUAUUAAAUGCUUAAUUACUGGAGCUCAUAAACCAGCUAGUGAGAGUCAAAAUAAGGCCAUUUUUCUUGUCAGGGACCAUGCCUAUAUAAUGGGGAAUGACAUUGUCUUAGUUCAAAUGCCGUAACACAUGCUUGUGUUGGCAAUAUCUGGCAAUGCUUUAUGUAUCAUAUGCAAAGUGGCAUUAAAGAGCAAACAGCACAUCAUGUCUGGUAGUGUAGAUGCGCGUAUAUCACCCAGACAUCAUAGCCUCACUCAGUCGCUUAUUAGAAUUACCUCCAUAUUGAGCAGAGAUUUUUUGCGGAAUCAGGAAAUGUACCUGACCUUUUUGAGUGCAUUAUAUAAUGAGGCCAUCACAAUUUUGGAUAUGGUUGAGUUUAUUAGGAUGCAUAGCAUUGGACAUGCACGUAUGCACCACUACACACACUUGCAUGUACAUGUAUGUAUGAAUGCGUUUGCUUUUCAAUAGUUUAAUUUGUUAUGAAUGGCUGCUGUGAAUUCUGCAGAAUAGGAUAACGUUCAUUGAAGUUUUGCAUCAAGGCUGGUAUUCAGAGGUGGCUAAGGGAAAGCUUAAAUAUUCUUGGUUCUUUCGGUAAAGUCACGUAGAAGGGAAAUAAAAUAAUAUAAAUCUUAAACGAUUACUUUAUUAUUUCCCUUCUAUGUGACUUUACCAAAAGAACCAAGAAUAUGAAUCCCUGCAGUCACGAAAGCUUUAAAUCGGAAAGCUUAAAUUUAGGGUGUGUUGGAGCGCUCGCUCAACAUCACUGAAGUCCUGGGUUUGAAUUCCAGUUUCCAACCUGCCCAAAGGUGAAACCCUUUUGAAUAUUUUUGUGAUUGUUCUAUAAAGCUCUCUGAUGUGUUUUUGGCUUCUACCAUGUGGUGUUUGGCACGACGUCCAAUGAUUUGCUGUACAUGCUGGGAGCUUCUCUUCUUGAAGAAACUCUCAGUACGUGGAGUAAAACUUAAGAUGGCAUAUCACACAGUACGCCGCUCAAGCCGAAACACAGAGAACCAACUAAAGAAGUUGGUUCCAUCUCACCACCAAUGACUGCACAAAAAAAUUACGUGAUUUAAAUGUGCGUAAUAAAAAUGUUUUGCCCAACCCAGAGAGUUGAAAAAUACGUAAACGUGCAUUGAAUGAUAAAGGGAACCACUCGCAGAGUAUGUGCGAUGGCCUUGCCACAGGUUGUGGCAAGAGGAGCUUGUUGAAGAGACAUCGUAAGUUCUGAAGUUAAUUGAAAAAGCCUGUGGCCAAACAAUAAAUGAUCAACCUUGUAAUGCACUUGAUUAAUAGUUUCAUAACCCCACCUGAAAGAACUUGCUGCCAUUUCAUGACCAGUGGCAAGGGUGUUGACUGUCCUAGAUGGCAUUCUGACUUGGUCCAUGUUCCUAUGGAAGUCUUACUAGACCAAAUGUUCACUGAAGAGGGUUUGAUAAUAGGACUAGGUAGAUGGAUUCAUGACCUCAGUUUCAUAUUGGAGCAACAGGCUCUUGAAUGAGCAAUCAGGCGUGACGUUGCUGUGAUGCAGGAAUGGGAAGUAAUGUCGGUGAGGUCAUUUACUAUGAAAUCCGCAUUGGUCUUUGGAUUUAAAAAAAAUGUAGGAUUAAGGAAAUUAUAGAUUUUAGAUUGCGGUAGCCUAACCUAACUGAAGAAUGCAUUAAAUAUAACAAAUGUUUUACAUGUUUAAGAUCACUUCCUGAGCACCAUUCUCUGGCAGUGGAGGGCAGACAGGAGGAGGUGGCAGGGGACAGUGAGAGGGCCUGAGCCCACUGCCUUGUGGCUCAUGGGGACACGGAUGUGGGUCGUGGUACUGAUCUUGGAAUCUAAUAGGGAUGUAACCGGCUGUUCCUGGUCUCCCGAGCCUCCUUGUCAGUGGUCAUGAAAAUGUUGCAUUUGUCUUUCUUAUUAUACCACUUUCUCGCAACAGACAUUACUGAGAUUAACAUAAAGAUGUGGGUGCGAUUGGCAGCCUAGACUGGCGAGUUUGGGUUUGUUCCAGAGUUCUGCGUUCAGAUUUCUACAAAUGGCACGUAAAACACGCAAGGUAAUUACAAACAACUAAACACGAGUUAAUAAAUGUCAUGAAUUUCAUAAUCUUUAGAUAUGUGGUUUUAACUGAAUAUUAUGCUUUGUUGUGGCACCAAUCUUUAUACAGUAUGUCGGACCAUGGACGUUCCAUUCCCCCCAUAGUUCUGUAAUGCUCUGCCCACAGCUACUACUACCAAAAACCAAGCUUUCUCUCCGUGUAUGUUAUGCUUAAGAUGGAAGAAAUUGGAGGAUGCAAUAACAAGUGCUUUAUGAGUCAACAGGAGUUAAAUGUUUUCGAGGUUUUACAGAAAUGGAAUUAUAGCCCUCAAAAGUGAAGCAAUUGAAGGUUUCAUACGCAAGUGUGAAACAGUUUAAUCUCUUUAUAGGCAUGUGUUGGAAACUCCAUAUUCCUAUGGCAUGGACAGGUUGGUCCAUUGGGCAACCACUGGUGAAUUCACACGGGGGCAUCAAGGUUAUUGACCUUGCAGUGAUGAAAGAAAGGCUGAGUUGACCUCUGGGAUUUUAUCUUGCAACUUCAUGAUUGUGCUACCCAGCUGAUCAGUACAGCACCAAGUUGAUCAUUUGGAUUGAGUCCAUUCUGAAUGAGUUGCUUAUUCUUUUGGGAUGGUUUCGUUCAGCUUCAUUACAAAGCCAUUGCACAAACACGUGCAUGUAUGAAAACUGGUUGCUUUUCCGACCUUUGGACCUGGAUUUGUAUGAGGCCUUCCUGUGAAUAAUCGUCGACAGGGUGAUUACAACCAAAUGAAACCACAAAAGGUAGAGUUUUGUGUCAAAAUGGGAAAAAAGUGAUCAAUAUUAAUAAAAUCGAAUAUUUUCCUGUAAAGUUAAACUUGCUAUUUUAUUCCUACAGAUUAGACAACAAAAAGUAAAAUUUGCAUUGUAUUGAAAUAUUUGUCCUGGGUAUGGUGAUGAGAGGUCAGUGUCCUCACACUCCGAAUGAACACUAAGAGUUUCUCAUCUCUCGAGGCUCCAGAACCAAUUCUUGAAAAUACAUAUCACUAUGGCAGGGAGCAGUUUAACACAACAGCCUAUUGUUGGGCUUAUACCAAAUAGUGCAGUCACAACAGGUAGUGUUCAGUUUACUGACCCCAAAAGGAAAGAUGGUGGUGGUAGAAGUCUUGACCCUGUGUUGACCCUGUUUUGGAUGUGAAUUCUUUGCAAUUAUGAGCCCAUAAUUACAAGCGACGUCCACUGAGCCUUCCCUGUGCUAAUGGAAAGUGGCACCAGUGGCACUUGUGGAGAGGGGAGCGAUGUGGAGGGCAAUGCCGUAUAAAGACAUUUGAAAUAAAAGGGUUGACGAGACUUACUAAGGUGACAAAGUGCCUGUAAAAGUGUUCUCAUUCGGGAUUCUUUAAAUAUCCUGGGUUGAUGUUGUGCUCGUCACACCAGUCUGCACGGUGUCUGUUUCAGAUUUUGUCAAAAGCAUCAGAGACCACUUAUAGUCCAUGGGCCAGAACAUAAUUUGGUAACAGUUUUAAGUGGCAAAUAUUUAGUGAUAACCGUUUCUGUAAAUGGCUUAUCUGAUUACGUACUUACUAUACGGUCGUUCAAUAAUUUACUUUUAUUCGCGAUUUAAAGAUCCGGGUGCAACAUACGCGUUUCCUUUUCAGGUGGUACCAACGAGUAAAAUAUUUGACCUCGGCUCAUUGACUAUUAGUCCAGAGCAAUAAUAACGUCUACUCCGCAACUGAAAAACGAGUUAGAAGUACUGUGUCAUAGGGGGAACUCCCAUAGUUCAUUGUACGUGGGCACGUGUAUUCACAACAGCCUGAUUAGUGAAGCAGAAAACAAUCAUGAAAUUAUAUAUGCAUCAAAUUUGAUCGCCUUCUAAUCAAAGAUGGUCACCAUUUUGUCAAGAUGCCCACCUGUUUUCCAAUUUUUUUGAUGUCCAUUGGCAGUGUUCUGUCGUAUUGAUCUUUGUAUCGAUAUGUUUGUGAGCUCAUGAAAAAAAUGGAUGCCGCUUAGAUGCAAAAAAAUCCAAAAUGGCCCCCAUAUGCCAAAAAAAUAUAUUUUAAACAGAUCAAUUGAACCAUGUCAUUUUGUUUCCACAUGUCUCUUCACCAGUUUGGGCUACAAAACAGAUUAACUAUAUUGCAGAUAAUUAUCGCAUGUUCAGUUGCUUAGUGCUGUGCAUCUGAGGCCCAAGUGAAGCAUUUGCAUCUUCCAAAUUACAUUGACCGUUGAACAGUUCUUGGCAACUUUUUGAAAUGGAAGUGUAGUCCACAUCAUCUGCCAAAUUUCACCUUUUUUCACCAUCCCCUGUUAAAGGGGCACAGUUUAUGGCUGGCUUGAUUGUGCCCUCUUGUAUCUGCAGAAUAAUGUGGGUUUUCUAUUAUGCCGUGAGGUCUGAAUAUUUUAAUCACUGAAAGUGUAAUUUGAGUUUGUUGGCUUGCAUUGAGGUUUUUGAAGUAAUCACUGACCUGAAGAGAGGUUUGAACACAAAUUACCAUCUUGGAAUAUCAUGUAAUCAAAUAAAGUCUCGCUACGUCACCAGGGCUGACAUAUCCUUGGAAAAUAUGGAGUUUUAUUUUGAAGCUAUGAGUUUCGCCGUUUGAAACCCACAAGCGUGUGAAAAACUCACCCUCCCCUGCACAGGGAGGCUUUGAGAAAUCACGAUGUGUAGCUCAACCACCUGCGGACUCAGCAGGUGAUCAUCUCACACAGUUUCUCAUGGGUCUUCAAGUGAGAACGAAUGAUUCAGAAUUAAUCCCUGUAUGAGUAACCAACCCAAAGUACAGUUUUGGUGACAUUUAAUUCCUGUAAUCAUAUUACAUAAUUGUUUUAACAUUUGAUGUCUGACAGUUAUGUUUUAAAAUUAGCAUUGUUCCGUUCUGAUCAUCUGCUACAUUUGAAAUUACACAUUUUUAUCUGUUGAGUUUAAUCCAGUUAAUUUCCUGUGCAGUUCUAGAUUUGAAGUUUUCGUGACUGCAAGGAUACAUAUUCUUUGUUUUUUUCGGUAAAGUCACGUAGGUGAAAACUAAAUAAAAUAAAAAUUACUGUAGCGUAUGAAGAGCUAUUAUUAGCUAAAUAUCUCUCUUUAUACGCUACAGUAAUUUUGCUGGAGCAUUCACACAUGAUGACGGAUGCUUGUGUUGCUCCCGAAACGUGAUUUAAUUUAGUUUUAUUUUGUUUCCUGUGCAGUCUUGUCACAAUAUAAACAAAGCAUUCAGGGACCUGCGUUGACAUGUUUUGUCAAUUUCUUUUCGAGGAUUUUGUAUGUAGGAGAAAACGGAGGUUACUGGAGAAAACCCAUGCAUACAUUUGGAUAACACUAACGUUUUGAACCCACUUGCUGUACUGUUACCGCCUGACCUCUGCACGGGUAGACAGGAUAUGGCAGCUGUGUGAAUUUGGGAGCCUUGCAGCACGUGAUAUCUGCAUGACCCAAUAAGUCUGCCUUUAAAGAGCGAUGUUAUAGGCAACACGCCUCCGCAAGCUUUUGUUUUCAUCAACGAAAUGUGUACCAGCUGUAACGCUGUUUAGUGACACUGAGACAGCCAAACAGAUACUGUUCAGCCUGACACAGUGGUGAGGCCGAUAAAGGGCAUGUGGAACUAGUGCCACAGACCGGGGAUAGGGGUUUGGAUUUGCUUUUAUGACGCAUUGUUUAAUGAAUCACUGACGUGUGUUGUGCAUUCAUUAUUAAAAACUCAAAAUUAA